AUGGUUAAAGUUCUUCAAGUUUCUUUACUUUUUUUCGUUGGAAUUUUGGCAGUUCAUGGUCAAUGUCCAAGAAUCAUUCCAAGAAGUGGUUGGGCACCACGUGAAUCUGGAAGAUUGGUUCCAGUUCUACCAAUUCGACCAGCACCUUUGGUAGUUGUUCAUCCUACAGGAACAGCAUCAUGCACGAACCAAGCUGAUUGUUCAGCAAUAAUUCGCGAUAUUCAAGCAUUCCAAAUUGAUGCAAACGGAUGGGCAGAUAUUUCAUAUCAUUUCCUUGUUGGAGGCGAUAACAACAUUUAUCAAGGUCGAGGUUGGGGACGCAUGGGAGAAAAUAUUGGACAAUUCACUAAUCAAGCUAUUAAUAUCGGAUACAUUGGAACUUUCACCGAUGAAUUACCAGCAGAAAACAUUGCUGCACACUUGGACAGUUUAAUCAACUGUGGAGUCAGCGCAAGAGCUUUAGACACAACAGCCAAUGUAGUUGCACAAUGUCAAGUUACUAACAUGGUGGCAUGCGAUGCAACAACAAUUUUCCAGUGGGUUAGCGAACAUCCAAGAUUCAUUGAAACUCCACGACCAGUUUAA